GCGGGAUGUAGUGUGGGCGGCUCUUCACCACCACCGGCUUUCACAGCGCUCCGAGAGGAAGCCUGCAGCGGACGCAACACGCCGAACAGGUCCAUCUGUGGUUCUCUCUCUUCCUCUGUGCUACACGCUAAAGAACAGGAUCCUACACGCAGAUCUCAUCAGGUGUUUAUCACACUGAGAGACUCUUCAGGGCCCUGAAGCCUCCUCCUAAGUACACCACCAAUCAUCACUGGAGUACCACCACCUAGACAGGAGUAAGGAGUGAACCCCUCCCCUCUGAUUCAGAUGGCAGACGGUCGGCAGCCCGAGGACAGCGGCCCCCAGUGGUCAUCUCCGGGAGCCCAGGGCUCAUCCUCCCCAGGUGGGCAUGGAGAGAACGGCUUCUCUUCCUCCUACAGGGCUUGCCAGCCUGGUAGUGGCCACACUGGUUCUGCCGCCUCCUACGCCAAAGAGAACGGCUUCAACGGAGAUCUCGCCUCUGGACAUGCUGUGACUGCUGAACAAGUGUCGGCGCGGAUCGUGCAGGAGGUUACGGCCGAAGCGGUAGCGGUACUGAAGGGAGAGCAGGAGCUGCAUCCGGAUACUGCCGUCAGGCUGCCAUCAGUGGAGGACUCUGCAAACCUGCCGCCUUCACCUCCUCCGUCCCCAGCAGCAGAACAUUUUGGGCCUUUGGAUCAAGAUGUAGGGGAUGAGGAGGAAGCAGGUCCUCUCCGCCGCUUCCAAAAUUCUCGCGAGAGGUGCAAGUUCCUCGCCCCCUCCAUCUCAGUGUCUGUGCCUGAGGAUGACCCCUACCACUCUGACGAGGAAUACUAUGAGCACCCUUUAUUCAGCCCAGAGUGGACGCGCUCUGGCUCUCGCCCCCCAGGGCAGGCCGCCGCGUUUAGACAGAUCGAAGAAGAGGAGACCAUAGAGAGUCUCUCAGCUGCGGAGGAGGAAGAGGAGGAGACUUCAGAAGCCGCAGCAACAGCAGCAGCUCUAGAGGAAGAGGAGGAGGAGGAGCAGUGGAGUGGGGAGGAGCCUGAGCAGGAAUCCCCAUCUGAGCUCCUAGAGCGGGCAGAGGUCAUAGGCGAGGCCCAGGCUCUGCCUGGCCUGCAGGCUGAGGUUCACACACAGGCAGCUACUGCUGCUGACGAGGCCCCUAAUGGGAGAUCUAAGGGGGCAGGGGGGCAAGAAAGCCCUGCAGAAGCUGUGAAGAUGGAAGCAGAGAGGCCAGACAGCGAGAGGACAGAUCCCAUUGGCAUGGACUUCACUGAUUCUGCAAUGCAUCUAGAUGAUGAACUCCCAUCUUACCAGAGCCUUGCCAGAGAUGCAGAUAUGCCAGAAAGCCCCUUUGCGCGAACAUGCCCCAUGGAGGAUUUUGAAAUGCCUCCAAGUUACCAGGGUCAUGCCAAAGAACCAACUGAAAAGCCUGUUGUACAAAGUGGUGCUGUGAAACAGCCUUCAACCGAAACAUGUGACUCCAGCAAUAUCCAUGAGGUCAAACCAGGGCAGAUUCAAGACAAACAAAUGGAAAAAACAGCAACAGAGGGGGACUUGAAGGACAAAUCUGGCAUGUCUGCUUAUUUUGAGACCACUACAAUUAAGACGGAUGCUGGUGGGUCUCAAGGAGAAGGGUAUUAUGAGCUGAGUACUACAUCAGAAGAACAAAAGGACUCUGUUGGUGACCUGCCACUUCCUGAAAUCAGUUACAGCACUUUGGCUCAAACACACUCUUUGGAAGUCCAGCCAGAUCUUCCAAAAAGUAGUGCAGACACACUACACUCCACUUCACCAGCAGACAGAAGAGAUGACUGCAGACUGUCUCCUGGAAAACUGGCUCUAGAGCAACGAAGUUACUCUUUGAAUAUCACCAUUGGGGCAGUGGAUCAUAGCGAUGCCCAAGGGCGUCCCAGAAACUUCUCUCCAUUGGCCACUGACAUCAUGUCUCAUACUAGCGGGAGCCUUGAUGAAUCUGCUGAUUACCUUCCUGUCACAACUCCCUCAGUGGAGAAUAUCCCUCAGUUUCCGCCACUGAUCUUGGAGACAACUCCCUCUGUCACGACUCCAUCAUCUUCACCUCCCCAAGCAACAAUUACUGAUGUAAAGACAAGUCCACAGACAGAGUCUCCAGAAUCACCUGUCCAAGCUAAGUGCUGUUACAAAAACGGCACCAUCAUGGCCCCAGACCUGCCUGAAAUGCUGGACCUGGCAGGUACUCGAUCAAGGUUGACGUCUGACAACACAGAACAAGAGAUUAUGAGGAGGAAGUCUGUCCCAAUGGACAUGACUUCUCUGGUGAGUGAUUCUUUUGCACAUUUGUUCAAAGGUGACCAGGGCCAGAUGACUACAAAGAGAGAAAUGCAGCUGGAGGAGCAAGGAUAUUGUGUCUUUAGUGAAUACUCUGGUCCCAUGCCAUCCCCUGCAGAUGUGCACAGUCCAAUGGAGUGUUCUCCUCAAAUCUUCAACACUGUGAUAUCAGAGGAGAAGGAAACUGGUCUUGCUGCAUUAGAAAAACAGGAGUGUCUAUCGACUGAAGAGCUGAAAGCAACAGAGGUUGUUAAACCACAGGCAGAACUAGCAAAAGAAAAGUCAAGGAAUGAAGAAUCUGUUGAAAAUGAAAGUGCACCUUCUGAAAAACCUUCUACAGAGACUAAGCAAGAUGAGUCUGAUCUUUUGAAGACUGAACCUCUGGAAGAAAUCAAGAGUCCAAGUUUACCUGAUAAUGAGAAAGGACAGUUAGACAAACAAGCUGAAACAUUUAUCACACCGAAGGUGACGGUUACUCUUGAGGAAGGAAAGCCUGAUCUUGAUGCUGAUACUAAACUUGCAGCUGAAACCGAAGCUGAAAUAGCUGACUAUGAGAGACAAAUUCGCAAAUUGGAGAUGGAGGACCGGCCUCUGAGUGUAGAGGAGGAACGGGAGCUCCAGGAACUCAGGGAGAAGGUUAAGAAUAAACCAGACCUUGUGCACCAGGAAGCUUAUGAGGAGGUGGAUGCUGAGGAUGUGUACCAGCUCACUGGAGUUGCAAAGGACAGAAUUGCUCGGCCCAUCAGACCAUCUCCAGCAUCUUCGGUAGAAAGUGCCACCGAUGAGGAGAAAAUACAUGUUGGCGAGGCUGAAAAAACUAGAUCACCAGGUAAGAAAGAGGCUCUCAAAACAGAUCCUAAUAGAUUAUCUCCAGUUGGGUCUUUUGAGAAAUAUUUUAGAGAGGAAAGACCUUCUGAACAGGAGGUAAAGCAGAAAGACUUAGUGGAGCCCCUCAAAGAGAAAGUUGCAGAAGAGAAACCUCAGCCAUCUCCUUCAAAGACAGAUGAGGGUUCUGUUGACGCCAUAAAGACACAAGAAGUAGAGGAAGAGGUAGAGCUUGCUCAGGAACCUGAAGAGGUUAUGCCAGAACCAAAGCCAACUCUAAGCUUGGAUGAAAAGCCAGUGGUAGAUAAAACUGAGCCAGUUGAGGUUGUGGUCGAAAAAGAGGAGGUUAAAGUGGUUGAAAAAGAAGAAGUGGAAGAUGACAAAGUUUUGGAAGGGGCCAAAGCUGCAGAAGACAGUGUUGAGCCUCGAGCUGACGAAGUUCUGGAAGGGGCCAAAGUUGCAGAAGACACUGUUGAGCCUCGAGCUGACGAAGUCUUGGAAGGGGCCAAAGCUGCAGAAGACACUGUUGAGCCUCGAGCUGACAAAGUCUUGGAAGGGGCCAAAGCUGCAGAAGACACUGUUGAGCCUCGAGCUGACGAAGUCUUGGAAGGGGCUAAAGCUGCAGAAGACACUGUUGAGCCUCGAGCUGACGAAGUCUUGGAAGGGGCCAAAGCUGCAGAAGACACUGUUGAGCCUCGAGCUGACGAAGUUUUGGAAGGGGCCAAAGCUGCAGAAGACACUGUUGAGCCUCGAGUUGAUGAAGUUUUGGAAGGGGCCAAAGCUGCAGAAGACACUGUUGAGCCUCGAGCUGCAAUUGAGUCAGUAGUGACAGUAGAAGAUGAUUUUAUAACCGUGGUGCAGACCAUCGAUGAGAGUGAAGUCUCUGGACACAGUGUACGUUUCUCAGCUCCGUCUGAAGAGGAACCUCCACAGCUCCUCCAAGAGGAGGAAGAGGAGGAGGAGUCUGUGGAAAUGGCACAGGAAGUAGAGAUGGAGGUUCCCAGUUUGGAGGAAGUUGUAGAUGUUCCAGAGCCUGUUGAGCCUUCUGUAUGUCCAGCUAAAGAAAUAGAAGUGCCAGAAAGUGAGGCCCCAACUCAAAGCUAUGACGACUACAAAGAUGAAACUACCAUUGAUGACUCCAUCUUAGACAGCUCCUGGGUGGACACUCAAGAUGAUGAUAAGAGCAUGGCUACGGAGAAAAUUGAGCCUCUACCCAGAGUGAUGAGCCCUGUCAAGAAACCAUCCGCAGAGAAACCAGUCAAACAGAGGGCUAAAGGCGGCAGGACAAAAGGACGAAUCACCACCCCUGAACGUAAACCUGUCCGCAAGGAGCCGGUACCCAUCCAGAAGGAUGAGAUGAAGAAGAAAAAAGCUGUGAUUAAGAAGGCUGAGCUCACAAAAAAAUCUGAUAUUCAGACGUGCUCUCCUUCCCGGAAGAGUGUUUUAAAGACUACCGUAAGGCACCCUAGACCUACCCAACAUCACGCGUGUGUUAAACGGAAACCCACAGUGUCUGCAGAUGGUCGACUGCCCUUCAGUGUGGCCAGGCACUCCAGAGAUCGGGUGUCUGAUGGUGGUUCUCGGAGCCCAGAGAAGAGGUCGUCCCUGCCACGGCCAGCAUCCAUACUAACCCGUCGCUCACACAUGGCUGAGCACGAGGAGAGUUCCACUUCCAUUACCAGUUCUGGGUCCACAGCACCACGCAGGCCCACAUGCACAGAGUCUGGUCGGUCCCGCUCGGCCCGCAGUGGCACCUCCACACCCCGCACCCCCGGGUCCACGGCCAUCACCCCUGGAACCCCUCCCAGCUACUCCUGCCGUACUCCGGGAACCCCCCGCACUCCGGGCACCCCCAAAUCCCUCAGCCUGCUGUCACAGGAGAAGAAAGUGGCCAUCAUCCGCACACCUCCAAAAUCCCCAGCGACUACACCCAAACAGCUGCGUGUCAUUAACCAGCCGCUGCCUGACCUCAAGAACGUCAGAUCCAAGAUCGGUUCCACUGACAACAUCAAGUACCAGCCCAAGGGGGGCCAGGUUCACAUUCAAUCUAAGAAGAUUGAUCUUAGUCAUGUGACCUCCAAGUGUGGAUCAUUGGACAACAUCCGCCACAGGCCAGGAGGUGGUCAUGUGCGCAUUGAGAGUGUGAAGCUGGACUUCAGAGAAAAAGCCCAUGCCAAGGUAGGCUCACUGGACAAUGCCCACCAUACACCUGGAGGAGGCCAUGUACAGAUUGAAAGCCAUAAGCUGUUGUUCCGUGACACGGCCAAAGCACGCGUGGAUCACGGGGCGGAGAUUGUGAUCGAGGCGCUCGGGCUGUCAGGCGGGACCUCCCCUCACCGGCACAGCCACAUGUCCUCGUCCGGAAGCAUCAACAUGCUGGAGUCGCCGCAGCUGGCCACGCUGGCCGACGAUGUGACCGCCGCCCUGGCCAAACAAGGCUUGUGAAUCCGAAAUAUCUCCGUUCAACUUCCCUCCACUCAAUCUACAAUAGUCCCCUUCAGUGGUGUCACGGUUGACCCUUCCUCCCUCUGGUAUUUAUGGAAGACAUCAGAUUUCACUUCCCAUCUGGAAAAAAAAAAGCAUUUGAUCUGUUUUUUUUUUUUUUUUUUUGUCAAUUUUAAUGAAUAACAACUUGUUAGAGCUAGAGAGGUACCAGUGCUUUUUAUUACCCAUGUUACAUGUGACUUUUUAUGAUUGUGUACAGAUAGUGGCCUCAACUGCGGGUUUAGGGUCAGUAUCAGGUGUGUUGCGUAAAAGUCGGUCGAAAAGAAUUUUUAUACACGGGAAUGUGGCGCGACGAUCCCAUGCUGCACGUGUUAUUUUGCCCAUUCAGUGCAUGGACUCUAAAACAUCUCAACUGCGAGUCACGUACGAUCAAACACAAUAUACACUAUAAGGGAAUAUAUUUAUAAAUAUACCCAGAUCAUCAUCUCAUGCUCAGUUGAAAAAAAGAAACAAUUACUCCUUCAAUAACUUAUUCCUGUACAAUUGCAUUAAAAAAAAACAAAAAAAACUAGAUAGUAUGACGAGCAUGUAUUCUAGUACACAAAAGAGGCUAUUUUCUAUUUCAAGGGAUUUUAGUAAGUUAUUUGCUGAAACAUUGAAUAAAAUGAACACAUCAUGUUUUGUAGAUACUAGCGACGAUGUUUAGUUUGUACAUUGUUUCAGAUGACCGCACCCCUGCCUUCGCUGCCGUUACAAAACCGUUGCUUCCGUGGAUCUUUGUCAGUACACAGUUUAAGCAGAUUUGUGCUUUAACUUACGGUGUGAUCACAUUAGCGAUAUUGAAGAAGUCAUUUUCAGAUUUCUUUCAGAAGUCACUGUCAGCAUGGUGAAUUCGCCGUGACCAGCUACAACUUGAGCGAAUUCUGCUUGGGGAACUUUUUCGCCCUCAUGCGAAACUCCCAAACACGCAGAAUCCUAUUGAAAUUUCGCCUGCGAAAUUUUGCUGAGCAACAGUAAAUGUGUUCACACCUCUACACAAACAAGUAUAUUACAAUAUUACAUUUACGCAAAAACAAUCGAGGGCUCCGGUUAUACAUGAAUCAUGUAAGAUCUACUCAAUCUGCUGUCUUGACGUGUCAGCCACAUACCGCCAUCUUUCAGAGUCGAGAAGGGGACGGAUCCAUCUGAGCAAGAUAUGGGUGGUUCUGCGGCCCUCAUUUUAUUCUUAAACGUAGGGAGCAGCUCCUCGGGACUCUGUCUGUGAUUUAGGCCCUGUGUUCGUCUGCUGAUUCCUGCUUGGAUGCUUAGUUUUCUUUCUUAGGACGUGGAAAAAGAAACACAAAAAUCAAAACUCCGCUUGCAUCUGUUUGAACACAGUACACCAGUAUAUUUUUUCUCGUCAUUUGUGGUUCUCCCCUGCCUCUUUUCCUCUAGAACAGCUGUCAUUCGUAGGCUUCUGUGUUUUCUCGGCCCCCCUGAGCUUUACCCACCCUUUCCUUGAUUCCCUCUGCUGCUGUAAAUGUAUUUAAAAGGUCACAUAGAUGUACGCAGUUUUUCUCCUGUUGGUAUGAUGCGGAUUAUAAAUGCCCUUAACAGUUAUGACAAUAAAAAAAUGAACAAAACGUU